CAGCGUUCUACCCCUGCCAGCGUCCUCGCAGGAGCCACCAGGCCUCCAAUCAAGAUGAGUGAUAAGCCAGACAUGUCCGAAGUGGAGAAGUUUGACAGAUCAAAACUGAAGAAAACUAAUACUGAGGAAAAAAACACUCUUCCUUCAAAGGAAACUAUCCAGCAGGAGAAAGAGUGUGACCAAACAUCCUAAAAUGCAGAUUGCUUCUCAAGAGCAAGCUUCAACA